AUGAGUGCCACUCUGCCUGAAUCGGAUCUGUCUCGAGCCGCCCGGUAUGCGGUUCCUUUCGCUUUGUUGCUGAUUCCCUUGUGGAAGACCCGGGUCAGCGCAGCCGUUCCGGAGCCUUAUCUCGACGAAGCUUUCCAUGUUCCCCAGGCGCAGGCAUACUGGGCGCAUCAAUGGACGCAUUGGGACCCCAAAAUUACAACUCCUCCGGGACUGUACCUCUGGUCGUAUCUGAUUUGCGCCGCCAUGCUUGCUCUCCGCGGCUCUCCGACGGAACUCGACGCGGAUGUCUUGCGCACCACGAAUGUCGCAGCAACAGCUGUUCUAUUGCCUUGGAGACUUCAAUCUGUACUGGAUCUUUUGAGGAAUGACCGCAAAUCUCGCCCAGCGGGUGCACGGUUGAGUCAUACUGUGUUGAACAUCUGUCUCUUCCCCCCUCUGUUCUUCUUCUCGGGACUCUACUAUACCGAUGUCCUUGCCCUUGUGGUAGUGGUCGAGGCGUACAAUUGGCAGCUUAAGCGUGCCACUGUGAGCGGAUCUGCCCCUCUUCAGUCUCUUAUGUUCCUUGUCUUCGGACUGGUUGCCCUUGUUUUUAGACAGACCAAUAUCUUUUGGGUCUCCGUGUUUCUUGGUGGAUUGCAGGUGCUCCGAACGCUACGUCUGUCCACUAACCGGUGUAACUCCUCUGGAAUGAGUGAAAUUGCGAAGAAGGGAUUUCAGAAUGAGCUAUAUGACCCGCUUGUGUCCGAUGCUUCUAUUACAGACUACUUCAAGACCACCGUGUCUCUUUCCACGACUGCACUGAACAAUCUUCCCCGAGUACUUGUCUCUGUAGUUCCUCACAUGCUCAUUCUGGCAGCUUUUGGUGCGUUCGUUCUAUGGAAUAAUGGCGUCGUUUUGGGACACAAGGAGUUUCAUAUUGCGGGCCUUCAUUUCCCCCAGAUGCUCUACAUCUGGCCUUACUUCCUGUUCUUUUCAUGGCCCAUUCUCGUCAUCCCCGUUGCCAAUCUAGUCCUUCCAAAGAACUUUCUGCCAAAGCUCUUGGAUCACGGCUUCCCUAAGAAACAGAGGGGACUUCCGUCAUUAUUGGCUCUUUUUGCGGUCGUUCCAUUUAUGCUGGCUGCAAUUCACUACAACACCAUUGUCCAUCCCUUCACCCUGGCUGACAACCGUCACUAUGUUUUCUACGCCUUCCGAAUCCUCCGGUAUCACCCUGCCAUCAAAUAUGGAGCUGUCGUUAUCUAUUUUUUGGGUGCUUGGGCGGUUAUUUCUGCGUUCGGCUUCACCACAAUUGCACCAGCACCUCGAUUGAUGCCCAUGCAGCCGCAGCCCCAACAACCGCAGGCCCCGGCUCCCACGAAACCAGUUACGAGGAAAGAAAAGAGAGAACAACAAAAGGAAGCAGACAAGAAGGCAAAAGUUGGCCGUAAACCAGUAGCCCCGAAACAGGCUACUCCACCUGAGCAAAAGGAUCCUGUCUCGCCCGAAGUCAUGGCAAGGAUCCAGGCACACAUCGCCACGCGUCAGAAGCAGCAGCUAGAACCGACCCGCGUCAGCUUUGUGAUUAUUUGGCUUGCUGCGACGGCUCUUUCAUUGGUCACUGCGCCUCUCGUCGAGCCCCGUUACUUUAUCAUCCCGUGGGUUAUGUGGAGAUUGCAUUUACCUCCGCAGCCAAUUCCGGCUGUCCACCGUCUAAACCGGCCAGAGGAAGAAAAGGAGAUUGUUCGUGCGCAGGUGGCUGCUUAUUCUCCUCUGUUCUUGGAGACCCUGUGGUUCUUGGCUGUUAAUGUUGUGACGGGAUAUGUGUUCCUGUACAAGGGUUUUGAGUGGCCACAGGAACCGGGAAUAAUUCAGAGAUUCUUGUGGUGA